AUGGUAAAUAUUGAGUAUUCACUCUUCCUUGGAAGAUUUUCAAUUAUUUUGGUUUUAUUGCUUCCUAUUUAGUCAUAGACAUUAAAAUUGCGAGAACCAACCAAUCUUUUAAAUCCUAUCAGAGUGCUCAGGGACCUUGAGGAAGGGAGGAUGGAAUUCAUGAAUGUGUAUUCGGCUAGAUUUUCUUGGUUGGUGAAGCGCAAUGUCGGUUUGGCCAACUGCAUGCUUUAAUCCAAAUGCCAAGUUUUUGCCUAGUGGGAGAUGGGUCCGAAAGUUGGAAAGGGAUUUCCCUGCAUAGUUAAUGGUGUUCAUUCGGACCAAUCGGGGCUAUUCCCCAGCAUGAAGCCAGGAGCUGCGCCCUGGGCUUCGGGUUUUCAUCUUGGCUAAGAGUUGACCAGAAAAUUCAACCCUUUUUAAUUUUUAAUGUUACAUAAAGUACGGCGGUGCGAUUCACUCAACUACAGGGGUGCAAGCGCACGUACUAAUCCGGCAGACGCAACCUUUGAAAGGUCGCAUACGAACUGGCGAGCAGACGAAGAGAAAAUUACGACUGGAGAUAGUCCUUGUAUAAUUGCAGCGAGCUUCUCUCUAUAAAUCUUAAUAACUAACUAGCUUUCUAUUUCGUCAUAUGCACUUGAAGUAAUGGUGUACUCUCCGUUAGCUUCGAUUAUUGAAUUAUGAGAAAGCAGUUCAACUCCUGAUUUAAUAACCAAAUUAUCCACAUCUGACUUGCACGAAGCCCUAGCUUUUCUUCACAUGGCAGAAACUAACAAAAUCCUGAUUGAUUUGUCGGAAAAUGCAUUAGAUCAUUUUCAGCUUUCAAGUGCAUGUGAAGAACUCAGUAUUGCUCAUUUUGUAGUAGAAGACUCCUUAAAGCAAUAUGGAUCAUGGACGUAUUCAGCUGUCUCUUCAAGAGAAAACUACCAAAGCUCACUCUGUGCCCUACUCAAAUUUUUCAAUUGGACUGAAGGUUUCAUUUUUAAUUCGAACCAGAAUUCAUUUCUUCGAGACUCCAUAUUUGCUCUUUCAGAAGAUUUUUCAAGUGUAAUUAUUGAGUCAAAUUCAAAAAUUGACGAAAUUAUUGCUCAUUUAGUGGCAUCUUCUGGAAAAAGCUUAUUUUAUCUGUUUACAGAUUCUUAUGAAUCGAUGAUUUUGCAGAAUGCACUUAUUUCCAGUAAGCUUAUGAUAGUAGGAAAUGGAAUUUUAUUAGGAAAAGAAAGCUAUUAUCAGACAAUUGUAGAUGGAAGCUUGGCAAUUACGGAGGCUGGGCAAGAGUUUUCGUUCUCAAAUGAAGAUUUUUUGAUGAACUCUAUCAACUUCAUUAUUUCGUUACUUAACAGCUCCUCAGUCGAAAACUCUUAUCAACUUAAGAAAAGCCUUGAUUCAGUAUGUGUUUCACAUUUCUGUAAAUCUCAGCUUUCCUUACUCCCCCUCCGUGAGUGAACAAAAACAUUGGAAAAAUUUCUAUUUUUUGCCCAAAAAACCCACCCUCCGUAAGUGAACUAAAAUUUCUCUAAUAGAAAAAAAUUUUUUAUGAAAAAAAUUGAUAUAUAAGUGAUAAUUAGUAUAAUGAAAUUUCAAGCUAAUUCUGUUUAAUUUUAAACAAAUUGCGUUUUAAAACAUAAAUUUUAUAUAUUAAAUUAAUAUUUGUUUCCCAAUUUUUGAGAAUAAGGAUUUUUUUAAAAUUUAGAAAGAAAAUUUUUCUAUAAAAUUUAUAUAUAGUUAGGGAGGAUAUCUAGCACGGGGCUUUUUUGACUUGCUUUCAAGCCAAAAAAGCCCCGUGCUUGUCAUCUCCCUAGCUAUAUAAAUGUUUUAAAAAAAAAAUUUAAACCCUCCGUGAGUGAACAAAAUGCUUUUGUUCACUCACAGAGGGGGGGUUAGUCAAUUUUCAUAAUGGAAAGAGGACUAUAGUAGGAAAUUUAAAUACAACAAAUGUCUCAAUAACAAAGCCAAUCGUUUUCUUAGGAAAUUCAGCAACCGUACCUAUAUCAUCCAAAACAAUUUUACCAAUUAGUAUAAAUGCUGGCACAAUAAACCCUGGGGGUGUGCCAGAUUUAAAUGUUCCAAUUUACGCCCGAGGCGCAUCUAUGGUAGUUUCAAUGGUAAACCAAGUAGAGUUAGACAUUCUGCGGAAUUUUCAAAUGAGUUUAUUCUUUUUCGAUUGUGGAGCCACUUCAUAUGAUCCUAUAUACGGUUAUUCCUGCUUCAAGAAAGAUAUAGAUAAAUUUGGAUUAGGGCAUGUUGGCUCUUUUCCAUCGUCAGUUGUGAUAGGAACAAUGGCGACGUUCAACCAAUUAAAUGUGACUCUUCCAGUUAUUGGCUCUUGCAACUCAGCUCCGAAAUUAAAUUCAACUGAACUUUAUCCAUGAUAUACAAGGGUGCAGCUUUCUGAUGCGCUACUAGCCACCGAUGUUGCACCUUUGAUAAAAAGUUUGGGAUGAAGGUCGUUCGCUAUACUAUAUGGCAAUGAAACUUAUGGAAUCGGCUGCUAUCAGUGGUUCAAGCAAGUUGCAGAGCAAAACGGAUUAAAUAUUCUUAAUCCUGAAGAAACAAGAGCAAUCCCGCCGGAGUUGACAAGAGAACAAUCAGCUGACUAUAUUGACGUUAUCAAAGGAAUAUACAAUUCCAAUGCAAGGUUGGUUGUAAUAUUUUUGUACUCAGGAACAACAUUUGGUUAUAUAUUAGAGCAUUUUUAUGACUUGGGUGCAAGAAAAGGAGACAUAGUUUUUGCUACUUCAUCAGGAGGCAUUAUGAUUGAAAUGGGAUUCUCGGACCAGUAUUUAUAUAAAAGAUAUGAAGUUGGAGUUCCAAUGAUGACUUUUCAAGGCUCUGUCUGAGUUGGAGAAUUCGGAAAAAGCCUUUAUGCCAAGCUUAAGACAAAAUAUGGGGCAAUCCCUAGUGAUUAUCAAUGCAAUUUUUUUGACUCAACUUAUCUCUUAGCAAAUGCCCUUGAUAGCAUGAUAAACAGAGGGCAGGACUAUACAGACCCAUAUAAGUUAAACGAGACAAUAAGAAGCAUAAAAAUUGUAGGAUGUAUGGGAGUUACUUCAAUAGCUCAUGGAAGCAACGAUAAUGAGUUUACUACUAUUACUAUUGACUCUAAUCAAGUUAUCAAUGGCACUCUAUCAAUCUAUCAUAUAGGACUAUUUAAUCCAUAUAGCGCAAAAUUAUUAACAAUAUCUCAACCAUUUAUAUAUGGAGAUAAUUCAAUAUUCAAGCCUACUGAUUUAAGGAAUGAAGACAGUGAUUGUCCUUUUCCUAGCUCUAAAGUAGUUACUUUUACAAAAGGCCGAGCUGUUGUGUUUUGUAUAUGCUUCGCUAUUGCAUUAAUCACAGCGGUGAUCACAUAUUAUAUUUGGAGACGUUGGUGGAAUGUAAAAAUUGAAACUUUGAAAGAAAAACAAGAAAUUUCAAUCCAGGAUUUUGUUGUUGGGGUCACAAUUGGGAUUGAGUUCUUUCAAAUCAUUUCAAUGGGGCCUGAUUUCUCGAAUAUUUUCGAGCUACUCUCCAAUUUCUCAAAUGCUAUUUCCUUGAAUUUAGCAAAUAUUAUUAAGCUUCAAAAUGGAGUUUUCUGGGCAGUUUGUGACUUUGUUUUGGGGCUUUGCCUACUGUGGAUAUGCUUGUGUGUGACAAUUUUAUUUCAAUUGAAUGAGCGAUAUGAUUUCCUUAUUUUUAAAUAUUUGGAUCAGUUUGGAGACUUCUUGAUGCCUUUAUUAGGAAAUUUGUGCUUUAUUCCUUUUGUAUCAGUGCUUCUAGAUAUUUUUGUCUGCGAUGAAGCAAUUGGGAAUAAUUUUACUGAUAGCUUUCUUGCAAAGGACUGCUAUCAGUUUUGCUGGAAAGAAACUCAUAUCAUUUAUGUUAUUUUGUCCAUUCUUGCCUUGAUAACUUAUGAGCCUUUGGCUGUAUUUUGCAGACCUCUUUGGCAAGAAUUUCAAAAUCAAUUGCAUGUCAAAACCUUGCCUUUGUUUUUGAUGAUAAAAACAGUGAUCCAAGUGUCAUUAAUUGUGAUGAAUAAGACCAUCAAGAGAGCUCAAUCUACAGCUCAUGCAGUUCUAUUUAUUGUCGUUAUAGCGCUGUAUACGUUAUUCAUACACAAAUAUAAGCCUUAUAAUUACCAGAGGUACAGUUGAUGGGAAUUUAUAACUCUAGUAGCUGUGCUGUGGAUUUCGAUUUUAGCUAUAAUACAUACAGUAGUUGAUGAUUCCUCGCCAGCUUGGAUAGUAACUUUGUUUGCGGGCUGAAUAAUUAUUGGAACUUAUGGAUAUUUAGUAAUGAGGAAAAAAUACCCAAGUCUUCUCUACAGAGCGAAAGGGCACGACACAAGUGCUUUAUUUCAAUUUGCUUUUACUUUUAAAAAUACAACGACAAAGAUAAGCGGCAAGAGCUUGAAUUUCAAGUCUUCUUCAAAAAUUUCUCCUGGCAGCAUCGAUAAUAAUUAA